ACAGCGUUGUUCUGUUCGAUGAAGUCGAAAAAGGGCGCACCAGCAAAUGGAAGAGGAAGAACAGUUGACUUCAAGAACACAGUCAUCAUCAUGACAUCAAAUCUCGGCAGCGACAUUCUCCUCAACGGCACAACAAAGGAUGGGAACCUCAAAAGUGGUGUGAAAGAAGCUGUGCUCGACAACGUCAAGAAGUUCUUCAAGCCCGAGUUCAUCAACAGACUUGACGACAUAGUAGUCUUCACACCAUUGAGACAAGAAGAGUUGCGAAAGAUCGUGAAAAUGCAGAUGAAAGACAUUGUCGCAAGAAUCAAAAAGAGCUACCCAACAUGCGACGUCGAGUUGACAGAGAAGGCAGUUGAUCAGAUCAUCACGGUCGGCUUCUCGCCACAGUAUGGAGCAAGACCAAUGAGAAGAUACCUCGAGAAGAAGAUAGUCACAGACAUCUCAGUUGCUAUCAUCAAGGGCGACUUGAAAGAAAACAAAAAGAUUGUGGUCGGUGCAAAGGAUGACGAGAUCACUGUCACCAUCCAAUAA